GAAUAAUAUUAAUAUUAAAUUGUGAAGGACUGAUAAAUAUACAAAGUCACACCUGUAAUACAAGUAGAGAGAUAACCUGAUACUAGAUGGAUCAAGUUGCACACUGUGACGCAAUACGAAGAAAUGGGGAUUAACGACUUUAAACUAGCGAGAAAGUUGGCAGAAAUUAAAGAUUUAACAGACGAUUCUCGGAUUCAUCAAUUAAAUCGGUCUGGUUGUCUGAUUUUCUUUAUUGUUGUCGCGAUAGCCGUUAGUACAAAACUAUAUGUUGGUAAUCCAAUUCAGUGCUGGUGUCCUGCCCAGUUUACCAAAUAUCAGAUACCAUACAUCGACAGUUAUUGUUGGGUUCGGAAUACUUAUGUAGUCGAUUUUGAUUCUUCUAUUCCGAAUGAAAAGUAUUCGAGACAUGAAACUGAAAUCCAAUAUUACCAAUGGACACCUAUAAUAUUACUAUUUCAGGCCGUUUUAUUUUAUGCACCAAGAUUGUUCUGGAAGGCUUUUAGUGGAUAUUCGUCGUUAAAUAUUAAAAAAAUCAUAAAAAUGACAAACGAAAUAUCUUAUAAGUAUGGAGAUGAACGUAAGAAAACUGUAAAAAGUGCUGUUGACUAUUUAAAGAAAUAUUUGAAAAUUCGAAAUUGCGUGACAACGAGGCACAGAAACAUGGAACAAACAAAUGAAACUCUUGUUGCUAUGGGAAUCCACAAAGGAAAUUACAUUGUACUUAUAUAUCUCCUUACUUCUUUCUUAUAUGCCGCAACUGCUUUAUGUCAAAUAUUUAUAGUAGACAGUCUUCUUGGAAUAAGAUUUAAAACACUUGGGCCAGAUAUUCUCAAACGCGCUACUAUGGGAGAUACUUUGUUGGACCCAAACAGAUUUCCAAUUGUUACGUUUUGUGAUUUUGAAUUACGACAAAUGACGAAUGUACAAACAUGGACAGUACAAUGUUCAUUGCCGAUCAAUCUAUUCAGUGAGAAAAUCUUCAUAGCAAAUUGGUUCCUUUUGGUUAUUAUGACGAUUAUAAACGCCAUCUACUUCCUGUAUAAUUUGGUAUCAACUUUCUUGCCAUAUCGAGCAGAGGUCUAUGUACAAAAGUUUCUAACAGAAGAUGGCGUUCAUACUGAACGGUACCAGAAAAUUCCAGAACAUUUGCCAGAAUCACAAAAAGACUUUGUUCAUAGCUAUUUGCGUCGGGAUGGAGUUUUCUUAAUAUGGAUGCUUAGUAAUAAAGUCAACCAGGUUGUCGCUGGAGAAAUUGUGAAUGAACUUUGGAUGAACUAUACCAAAUAAUGUCAAUUUCUUUAGACAAAAUUAAAGUAGUGUCUCCUUUUCGACAGUUUUGAACAUCAAACUCAAUAUCAAAUAAAAGACGCUGCUAUUUUAAGUGCUUGGUACACUGUCAGGUUGGCUGUCACUGUGCACAACAUAGAACCCUAUGGGAAAAAACAAGAGAACUAUUUUUGAAAGAAA